AGUCUAGCGAUUCCUCCAACAAGCGGCACAGGUCGCCCCUCCUCUUUUUCUUUCUUUCUCCCUCUCAGUUCGUGCAGGUGAAUAAUAGGACAUUAAUCCCGCCUGCCUGCGGGAUGGAGUGAUAAAGGGUGACGCGAGGUUGGCUACGGAAAAUGACCGCCUCCAUCUCCUCCUCCGGACGCCAAACAAACACCUCCCCGCGGCUAGCAGCAGAGAGCGCGCUCUCUUUUUUACUUGACUUCCAGCCCGGAGGGAUUUUAUUAUUCUUACUCUUACCUCAGGGAAGGGCGCUUGGCGGGAGUGGCGCUGAGGCAGCUCCCUGUGGAAGCAGACUGGGCUGCGAGGGAAGAAGUUGUCUUGCGCCUGGGCUGAAACUGAGCAACAAAGAGCCUUGUUCCUUUACCUCGGGUAAGAGAGAAAGAGUUGGUUUUUACACCCCACUGUUCUCUACCCUAAGGAGUCUCAAGGUGGCUUACAAUUUCCCUUCUCCAGAAAGACACACUUCUGGAAAUAGUUUGCACUGGAUUGAAGGCCUUUGACUACAUACAGUUGUAUGCACCUGGGUCCUUUUUGCACCUGCUUGAAGAUAUUGGACAGCAUCCAAACCGAUACCAGUAACUCUGUUCUUUCCAUCUGCUCAGAUUGCCAACAUUGACAACAAAAAAAAUCCAGCUAAAACUGACUGAAUGUUUACUGACUCAAAGGAAAAGCAAUUAAGAAGACUAGGGUUUCAGCAAAUAGUUUUCUGGAAAAUGUGUACAAGCGUAAUGCAGUUAAUAGACUGAGUAUAUACUGUAUAAACUUGUUAGAAGUACAUUGCUGAAAAUCAAGAUGGCCUCAGGCUUGCCACCAUAUUAUGAAAAUUAUGCUUAUCAGCCAGAAAACCUUACUGCUCCCCAUCUUGCAAGUGGCUUUUAUGUGGGUCAACAGUAUACAUCCCCAUAUUGUCCUGCAACAGUACCACAUUACGUCCCGAGAGUUUGCGCUGGGCCCUCAGCUCCAGCGGCUACAAUAGUGCAUCCCAUUUCUUCACCUAGAAAAAUCUGUACAGCAAGAAUUAGGAAAGCUCUGUGCCUCAGCCUGUCAAUUAUAAUUCUGCUGGUAGGAGCUGCUAUUGCAGGUGUUCUCAUUUGGUCCUUUGUGACAGACAGUUGUUUUGGAUCCAAAAUACGGUGUGGCACUCUAGCAGCAUGUGUAUCACCAUCUCAGUGGUGUGAUGGAGUAAAUGAUUGCCCUAACGGUGAAGAUGAAAAUCGUUGUGUUAGGCUUUAUGGAUCAAGAUUUCUCCUGGAAGUCUAUUCAGCGGAAAGCAAAGAUUGGUACCCUGUAUGCUAUGAUGACUGGAAUGAUGACUAUGGGAGGACUGCCUGUAUAGACAUGGGAUAUAAUAAGGACACGUACUUCAACAGCAAGGCAACAAAACUCACUUCUCCAUUUAUAAGCUUUAUGAGGCUGAAUACAAGUGCUGAUGAUACAGACUUAUACAAGAAACUGUAUAACAGCAAGCAGUGUUCAUCAGGAACUGUAGUAUCCUUAAGAUGCAUAAAAUGUGGCUUGUCAAGUAAAAACUCAAAUCCUCGAAACAGAAUUGUGGGUGGAACUGUAGCUGCACUUGGGGAAUGGCCAUGGCAAGUCAGCCUUCAUAUCCAAGGAACUCAUCUGUGUGGUGGGUCCAUCAUCACUCCUGAAUGGAUUGUUACAGCAGCUCAUUGUGUGGAAGGGUCAUAUUCUCAGCCAUUUUACUGGAGAGUUUAUGCUGGAAUUCUGUUGCAGCAGGAAAUGCUUCGACCAAAGGGACACAAAGUAGUAAAAAUCAUCUCUCAUCCAAACUAUGAUUCAGAGACUAAAAACAAUGAUGUUGCUCUUAUGAAGUUGCAAUCUCCUCUGACUUUUAAUGAAGUUAUAAGGCCAGUUUGUUUGCCCAACCCAGGAAUGAUGUUUCAGCCUGAACAACGCUGUUGGAUAUCUGGAUGGGGAGCACAACGCCAAGGAGGAAAUACCUCAAAAGAACUCUAUGCUGCGAGUGUACAUCUGAUAGAAUCCUCUAGAUGUAAUACAAGACAGGUUUAUAAUGGGUAUAUUCUGCCUACUAUGAUUUGUGCUGGAUAUCUAGAUGGAAAAGUGGAUUCUUGUCAGGGCGACAGUGGUGGUCCAUUGGUAACUGAGAAACAUGCCCUCUGGUGGUUAGUAGGUGACACAAGUUGGGGAACAGGCUGUGCUAGUGUAAAUAAACCUGGAGUGUAUGGUAAUAUGACUCAGUUCACAGACUGGAUUUACAGAAAUAUGCAGGCAAACAGAUGAUGGUGGUGUUCUGUCCUGCAUCCCUUCCAUGGAAUGAACAAUCUUUUUCAUUAGUGGUGGAUUUUUUUGAUCUUUUGUAAUUGAUUUUAAUAAGUGCCUUUUAAAAAAAUUCUCGGUCCUCAACACUUCAGAUGGAAUAUAACCUGAAUGUUUGCAAAACGGUAGCAUUUGCACUGACAUCUAGCCUAAUAAAGGUUUUGUGGAAACCUCUCCUUAAUGUAGUGCCUCAGAUGGCUAACAAUCCUUUAAUCAAACUAAUUAUUGAAUUUUCCUUUGUUUCUGAGGAUUGCCAGCCAGGGUGUUGUUUUUUUAAAUUCUAAGUUAUAAUAAUCACAUUUGUAAAUUGCCACUUUCUAUUACUGUAUUAGAAUACAAGAACAGAAUCUUGUUGCUUGUUUUCUUGAUGUUAUUUAAUGUUUAGUACAUCCAUGAUACAAGUGUCUGGACUGCUGGCUAGUCCAGGAUUUCAGGGGUGUUGAGAACUACAUGGUGAAUGCAUGGGCAUGACGGGUGAGGAAUUUUCUCUGAAGUACUAUUGAGAGAGGGAAAAUUUCUCAUAUAUGUAUUCAAGUAUCUAAAAUUCCUCAUUCACAUUGCAUAUGUGGUGUUGAUUCUGAGAUCAUAUAUAUAUUCAGUUUGAAUGGAACUUCCCCUUCUGUGAUGUUAAAAAUAAUCAAAAUUAGAGUGUGGCUCACAAAAUGAGAAAGUCCAUGAACUUUGUUUUGUGAUGUUGUUGAACUUGGAUAGCCAUGUUGUAUCUGCAUAAGUAAGUUACUAGCAUUCAAAAGGCUGGAAUAACGGCUGUUCUGGCUUGUAUUAGAUGCAUCUUCAGGCAAAGGAAGCAGCAAAUAAUGAAGAAUUCAUGGCUUCCCCAACUGUGCUGAGGAAAGUAAUACCCAUUUAAUCAUGUGACUACCUCAUUUUAUAAAACUCUGAUAAAUAUUUGCAUUGAGCAGAACAUUUUCUUAAUCUUGUUUUUAAACUGAUAUUUAUGUAAGAUAUAAGGUUUUUAAAAUGAAGGCAGAAAUAAAUGUAACUGUUACUACAGUCCUAGAAAUCUGAAUAGUACAAUAGCAAUACAUUUGGCAAACUGGGCUUUGCUUUGAAUGUAAUGGACUGAAAACAGACAAUGCUGCUACUGAAAUGUACUUUAAUGUUCUGUUGUGGAGAGACUUCUGCUUCAGGUUUUGCAGAUAAAAUCUGUACUCUCAAGUGCCAUUUAAAUCAGUUAUUUUAAAGUUGCCAUAGUAAUCAGAUUUGUUAACCUAUAUAAAUUAUGCAUAAUUGUUAGAUGGGGUUUGCUACCAUUUUAAGUAGCGUGUGUUUUAGCUACUGACUUUGAAACACAACAUGUAUCUUGCAUACAAAUAAACUUUUUGCUAAUUU